CUCACAAAGUGACAUUAGCUGAUGAAGAUGAUCUCAUCGAAUAACAUGUUCGAAGCCCAUAUUUACCACACUUUAUUUUCGGAGUUAUUCCAAAAACACCAUUCAUUUUCUCCAUAGGCUUUGUCGAACGAACCAUGUCGGAUUAUAGUGCAUACAAAAAUACGCCAUUACUAUUUCUGUCUGUGCAGGUGUCUCGUCGCAGGUGCCUGUCCCGUGCAGACCUCCAACACUGGGUUUUCACCGGACUCCGUCUUCUUUUCUUGUUCUCCUCAAGUAGGCUUGCCUAAAUUAUUUGAUUUAAUAUUUUUUUUGCUUUCUAAAACAUUAACCAUGUUUUUUAACAGACGUGUCAAAACUUUGGGUUGUUGUUUGCUUAUUAAGAGAAGCCAGCUGGUUGAAAACGAUGCGUGAGGCAUCAAAUUAUGCCUUUUGAAUAGGCACAAUUGGAGAGGAGGGUAGGUCUAUGGUUUUUCGUCACCGUUGGUUACCAUGAGUGACGGAGAAAAUAUGUCUGUGAUGGAAAACAUACGGAAAGAAAGAGGACAGUUUAUAUCGAUUCGCUGUCUUAACCAGGAUAAACUACAACUGUACAAGCUGAGUGUUGUUGUUAUUCAUCAGCUAAACGCAUUGUCGUGUAUGGAGUAUGGCAGGUGUUCACAUAUGACAGAAAAUUAUAGUGACUAAGUUAGUUGAUCUUUCUCUUGUGAAAUAAAACGGGGGCUAGUCGGGAACUUCUGAUUGUCAGAAUUCCCAUCCCUCUUCAACACCAUGGACGUCGCCGACUACAGAAGCGAGUUAAGGACGUCAGCCAGAGAAGUCUUCCUAGGCGCGGACAUAUUCACGGCUGUCGGGGACAGGAAUAAGGAUGAUGUUGAAUAUAGAUUUGUGGAUGUCAUGCUGUUUGGUGGGGCCCCUUGGGGGUUCACUCUGAGAGGGGGCCUGGAGCACCGAGAACCACUGCUCAUAACCAAGGUGGAGGAGGGCAGCAGGGCGGCGACGGUCAGCCUGCAGGUGGGAGAUGAGAUCGUCAACAUCAACACAGUUCCCAUCAGUGGAUCCAGGCAGGAGGCCGUCUGUCUGGUCAAGAGCUCCCACAAGACCCUCGCCCUGGUCGUCAGAAGGAGGAAUGAACCAGUCUCCCGGCCCCAUUCAUGGCACUCCUCCAAGUUCACAGAAGACCACCCCGAACCCACAGAGAGUCACAAAGAGCCUCCACCUGCACCCCCACCUCCACCUGUGUGGCAGGUCAAACAUGAAGUCAGUGCAUCCACAAAAGAUCUUUCCAGCUGCGGGGACCACGACUCGAAUCUACGCCAGUUAUCCAGCCAGUUCAGCUCCGUGGGGAAUAUGGAGAGAGUAGAGCGCCCCUCACACCCCUUCCCACCAGGAUGCCUCUCCCCCAGCAGGUACCACCGCAGUGCUGAGCCUCUCUCUGGCGGUGGAGGGUCUGGUGGGAAGAGAGAAUCGGCCUUCAGUUGCCUCUCCACUACCAGCCCUCCCCCGGAGCCUGCUCUGGCCCUCGCCAACACUGACGCUGCUGCGACUGAGGACAGCAUGUUCUAUAAGGGGGUCCAGACUCAGACCAGUGAGGAUGGAAGGCCGGGUGAGCAGCGCCACAGCCGGUACCUCCAGCUGCCCCAGGGGGACGGAGGCUUGGAGAGCCCCAGGACAGUCCCAGAGGAGCAGCCUGGCUCCCGCUACUCCAGCUCAGGCUCUGGCAGAUCGCACAUAGGCCCUGUGUGGCAUGUCCCAGAGAGGAGGAGGGUAGCAGCGCCCCCCUCUCCUCCUCCUCCUCCCCUACGCAGUGACAGCUUUGCUGUCACCAAGGUGUACCCUGCCUACACAGAGGGGCCUGGAGCUCCACCACACGGGCAGAUGAAGAACCAGGAACGAGGGGUGGACAGGCUGGCUGAGGCCCCAGAGAACAGCAGCUACAGAGGCCGGGGCAACCAUAUCUCUCACGAUGAGAACGGGGUAGACCCCAGGUGCAGUUACAACCCUCCACCUCGCAAGAAAGACUUCCUCCACCCAAAUAUAGCAGCAGGAGCACCUGACUACAACCACAACCAGCUCAGCAACCCAAACAAACUGUUCUCGGUGUCUAGCCAGGACGUGAGACAGAGUCAGUCUCCCUUUGCUUGCCUGCCCAAUCACCAGCGGCAGUACAGCGACGAAAGCACUUUCUACCUGCAGACCAAGUCCGCCCCACAUCCACCGAAGCCGCAGAGCGUCGGGAGCUACUACCACAGCCUCCAGGAGCUCCCUACCAACAGCAGUAACAGGAACCACGUGAGGUCCUCCACCACGUCCCUGUCCACCUCGACCAUCGACCAGAACUAUGACGGCGGAGGACACAUCCGGUACUACUGCAUCACAACCAAGCAGCCAGCCCAGCCAGAGACUCGUGUUAGACAGAGCAAAUCAGAGGUCUGGAGGGCUGACAUGGAGCUAGCUAAGGGCUCCAAUGACAGGGGCUCCACAAGUUCCUCCCACAAGACCAACAAGGUCAAGUAUCCUCCUAAUCCUCAGCAGCCUUACACCAACAGCAAGGAGCGGAACGGAAAUUUCCAACCGGCCAAUGUUCUGCUUUACGGGCACACAGCCUCUAAUUCCUUAUCCUCAUCUGGUAAACCUACCACUGAGGAGAAGGAGAGGAGGAGUGAGGGCCAGAGACCUUCUACAGAGGCCCAGCUUAGAAGUUCUUACUCUCCCAGUCCGCCCAAGGACCACAAGGCGGCACCACUGAGAGAAGACCCUUGGGUCUCUCAGGAGAACCACAAGAUCUCUUCUCAAAAGACACCCAUGCUCCACAGUCUGGCUCAGGAGAGUAGAAGCCCCAUGCUUCAUUCUCUAGCACAGGAGAGUAAGAGCCUGGUGGAGAACAAUCACCCUGUUACGGCACCACAACCACCACCACAACCACCACCACAACCACCACCAUCCAACGGCGGGGGAGAAGCCAACCACGCCAUACAGGAGGCUUUAACGGACAACACGGCAACGGGCAAACUGGCGAGACGCAGCGACCGAUAUGCCACCACCCUCCGCAACGAGAUCCAGCUAAAGAGGGCCCAGCUGCAGAAAAGCCGGAGUGCUGCCACCCUGACCUGCCCCAGCGAGACGGAGGAGCCAGAGGAAGAGGAGACAGACCCGGGGGGGUGGAAGUCCACCUCCUCCGAUGGCUCCUUUUCCUCCUCCUACAAGGACCACCUCAAAGAGGCGCAGGCUAGGGUCCUCCAGGCCACAUCUUUUAGGAGGAGAGACCUAGAACCUCCCGGGUCAGGGUCGGAGGCUCUGUUAACCAAACCCAACUCACACAUAGUCUCCCGCAUUGGCGGCCGCAAGCGUUUCCCUCUGAACAAGAGGGUCCACUCGUUCUCCGAGCCAGACAAGAUCAACAAGCUCGGAGUGGAGGGUGAGGGAGAACAUCCUGUUGGAACAGCACGGUCAUUUGUAGACCGGCGGAAGUUCUUUGAAAUGGCUGCUAAACCUUCCUUCUGCAGACCCAUCUCAACCAUCCACAAGUCAGGCCAGCAGAGCUCCAGCACCACCUCCAGCACUUUGGAGCACGGAGAGGGCAAGGCCAGGGGGAGAGCCCACUCAGGGGAAACUGAGGAGGGCUGGAGGCCGGGCCUGGCCAGUGAGACCUCCAGUGACCACCACCCAGACCCCCUCAGCCCCGCAGGCAGACAGGCCCUACUGGAGCAGCAGAGGCUGGGGACAUUCGCUGAGUACCAGGUCACCUGGGACAUGCAGAGGAAGGCUUCAGACACAAAGCCCCAGGGGAGGUACCACUCUGCUGACAACAUCCUGGACCAGGGAACAGAGGAGACGUCUGUCUGUGUCCACGAGAGGUCCAGAUCGUCUCCCUCACAAGACUUCUACACACAGAAGAUCCCUGUGCCAUGGAGAGACUCUGUUGAAAACCCGUAUCUGGAUCACAGACGGGACCAGCAAGGAGGCAGUUACACCACCAGAGGGCAGAGCGAGAGCAGAGAGCAGCCAGCCCUGCUCGAUCACUUCCCACAGCCUCCACAACCGUCUAUUCCAAGACUGACCGACACAGAGCCACACAGCAGCAGAGACGUGGCCACCCCCCUCCCUCUCCCUCACCCCUCCGACCACAGAUACAAACGUGACUCUGCGGACCCCGCCCACAACCUUCCCGCUCUCCCCCCGUACCCCUCCAACCACACCCACAGCUCUGUGUCUGAGCAACCACUACCACCUCCAAUGCCCGCUCCCAAGCCCCAGAAUACAGGCCUCAUCAUCAUGCCACAUUGGGCUCUCCUAGGCCUGGAAACCUCCUCAACCACAUCCUCCUCCUACGGACUAUCUUCCCAGGAAUUCCUGCCUGGCCCUUGCACCCAUCAGGCUGAACCAUCAUCCAGCAGCAGCUGCUCCCCCCAUGGCACAGAGCUGGAUCCUGCCCCAAACCAAGCCUGCUCCUUGGGCUCCACCCAGCUCCCCUCUCCCUUCCCCGGGAGACCCGCUGGAUUGGACACGGAGGAGGGAGCAGCUGAUUCAACACUAGAGCCGCCACCCUCCCCCUCUUCCCACUCUCCUUUUUUCUCCUACCAGCCUGCCAGUCUGACGGUUCCCUCCUCAGGUGGGACUCGUUCUCCCUCUCCUCAGUUUGCUCCACAGAGGCUGACGGACCAGCCCCCCGUCUCUGUGUCUAUGCAGGAUGAAGCCCAGAGCAGGCCAGAGAACAGGACGAACACUGUGAUGGAGAUGAGCAAUAUAGGGAAGAAGGUCCCUGUGAAGAUCGUCCAUGCUGAGAGCACCACGGAGAGGGAGAGCCGCCAGUACCUGCUGCACAGCGAGAAAAAUAGGGCCCCUGGAGUUUCAGAGGGGCCCGACCUUCCCCCGCCCCUACCGAACAGCCUGCCCUCCCCUGAGCCGCAGCCCUACUCCCUGUUCCGUGCCUACACCCCCUACACACGCCAUGGGCCCCAGAGUCCCCCCAGGGACCCAACCCUCACUGUAGCCCCAGAAGAGGCCCUGUCCCCUGGGCAGUCUCAGACCAACGGACCCUCCGGUACCUCCACCAUGGGUCUCCAGCAGCCUCAGAAGAGUAACUCGGAGGAGGAUGUGAAGAGAGAGGAGCUGGCCAGAGACAUCAUGGACAAGGAUAAGUCCCUGGUGGACAUCUUGGACCAGAGUAAGAUGAAGACCACCAUGGAUCUGAUGGAGGGGAUCUUCCCCCAGGAGGAGCAGAUCUUGGAUGGGGGGCACCAGAGGAGGAAAGUCUCCCCCAAACAGGGAUUGCCGCACAGGGGAAUGGAUGACCGGAGAGAGGAGGAGGGCAUGUCUGCUGCCACAGGGUCCCUGGUGACCAGCUCCUCUUACUACAGUACGUCUGCCCCCAAGGCUGAGCUGCUCAACAAGAUGAAGGACAUGCAGGAGGACGAGCUGGAGGAGCUGGAGCAAGACUCGGAGGACGAACUGGACAUCAACCUGGCCAGCAAGAAGCAAGAGCUGAUUGACAGCCUGGGUAAGAAGCUGCAGGUGCUGCGCGAGGCCAGGGAGAGCCUUCAGGAGGAUGUCCAUGAUAACAACUCUCUGGGGGACGAGGUGGAGGCCAUGGUGCAGAAGGUCUGCAAGCCCAACGAGCUGGACAAGUUUAGGAUGUUCGUGGGAGAUCUGGACAAGGUGGUCAGUUUGCUGCUGUCCCUGUCCGGCCGACUGGCCAGGGUGGAGAACGCUCUCAACAGUCUGGAGGAAGACACCACACCAGAAGAGAAGCGCACCCUGUCAGAGAAGAGGAAGUUGUUGAUCAGACAACAUGAAGACGCCAAAGAGCUCAAGGAGAACCUUGACCGGCGGGAGCGCCUGGUUUACAGCAUCAUGGCUGCUCACCUCAGCCACGAGAGCCUGGCAGACUACCAGCACUUUGUCAAGAUGAAGUCAGCCCUCAUCAUCGAGCAGCGCAAGCUGGAAGACAAGAUCAAACUUGGAGAGGAGCAGCUGAAAUGUCUGCUGGAUAGUUUAUUGUUGGAGCAAAGGCUGCUGUUCUGACGAUGCUUAGUGCAAUCCGAGAUGCUUGGGACGUCCCUAACCUUAACCUUAACCCUUACCCUAACCUUAACCCUUACCCUAACCUUAACCCUUACCCUAACCUUAACCCUUACCCCUUAACCCUUAACCC